AUGGCCGCCGCCGCGCAGUACCUGCCGCGCUCCGCCGCGCUCAUGCACCCCGACAGCGACCGCCUGCACCAGGGCACCACGUACCGCGAGGUGCAGAAGAUGAUGCACCACGAGUACCUGCAGGGGCUGGCCCCCGCCGCCGGGCACGCCGUCGGGCUGGCGCACCACCAGUGGCUGCCCAGCGCCGGCACGGACUGGGGCAGCGGCGGGGGCGGCGGGGGCGCGCACCUCCCGCCCGCCGAGCACGCCAAGGGCGGCCCGCCAGGGCCCCGCGAAGAGCUGUCCGCCGCCGCCUUCCACCACCGCCCGCAUCUGGUGCCGCAGCCGGCGGCGGGCGGCGCGGCGGGCGGGUGGGCGCAGGGCGGCGCGCACCACCUGCCGCCCAUGUCCCCGCCGUCGGGGCAGCCGCUGCUCUACGCGCAGCCCUACGCGGGCCUCAACGGGAUGCUGGGCCCGCCGGCUCCCGCGCUGCACCACGGGCUGCGCGACCCGCUGGGCGCCGAGGAGGCGGGCGGGCACGAACUGGCGGCAUCGCCGCCGCCGCUGGGUCCGCCCGAGCCGUCGGACGAGGACGCGCCCAGCUCCGACGACCUGGAGCAGUUCGCCAAGCAGUUCAAGCAGCGGCGGAUCAAGCUGGGCUUCACGCAGGCCGACGUGGGGCUGGCGCUGGGCACCCUGUACGGGAACGUCUUCUCGCAGACCACGAUCUGCCGGUUCGAGGCGCUGCAGCUGAGCUUCAAGAACAUGUGCAAGCUGAAGCCGCUGCUCAACAAGUGGCUGGAGGAGACGGACUCCAGCACGGGCAGCCCCACCAACCUGGACAAGAUCGCGGCGCAGGGUCGGAAGCGCAAGAAGCGGACGUCCAUCGAGGUGGGCGUCAAGGGCGCCCUGGAGAACCACUUCCUCAAGUGCCCCAAGCCCUCGGCGCACGAGAUCACCUCCCUGGCGGACUCCCUCCAGCUGGAGAAAGAGGUGGUGCGGGUCUGGUUCUGCAACCGGCGGCAGAAGGAGAAGCGGAUGACGCCGGCCGGGGUCCCGCAUCCCCCGAUGGAGGACGUUUACGCACAGGCGGACACGUCGCCGCUACACCACGCGCUGCCCGGCGCCGUGCAGUGACUGCCCGGGCCCCCGCGGCCCCGACGGCGGCUCGGCGGGCGGCGGGGGACGCGCUUUAAUUUAUUCUCAGACUGGCCCGGCCGCCCGGUCCGCGCCCCGCGCUCUAUUUAUUCUCCCGCCGGAGCCGCCGCGGCCGCCGCAGCAGUAGCCAAAGGGAUGCCAGUGCUGAAUGCCUGGAAGAUGCAACUAAAUCAGAAAGACCAGCACAAGCUAACAAGAUGAUCAGCUUCAGGGUGAGUCAGUACUGGGAGGAAGGUUUUAAGGACUUUUGCAGCAGGAGACGAGGGACUCGGCUGGGCCACCCCAGGUCUGUGGCUGCCCCAGGAUGCUGCCAGGAGCUGCAGGCACAGACACAGUUCAGAGCAAUCUGCAUCCCCCUCAGAUCUGUUUGUCCUCCCAGCCCCCCAAGACA